AUGUCUGAUGCUCUUCCGGUGCCCGGCACGCGGGUUCUCGCUGUCGCCAGCCAUGUUGUCUCGGGUUAUGUAGGGAACAAGAUCGCCGUCUUUGUGCUGCAGUCUCUGGGAUGCGACGUCGCAGCCCUCAACACCGUCCAGUUUAGCAAUCAUACCGGUUACAAGCAAUGGAAGGGUACCAGAGUCUCGGCGCAGGAGAUCAUGGAGCUGUACGAGGGUUUGAAGCAGUCAUACCUGGACGACUUCGACAUGAUGCUCUCGGGAUACAUCCCCGGCGCCGAGGCUGUCAACACGGUGGGGCAGAUCGGCCGGGAGCUCAAGCAAAAGGCGGCCGACACCCCGGGCAAGUUCUUCUGGGUGCUCGACCCCGUCAUGGGCGACAACGGUAGGCUCUACGUCUCGGAGGAGGUCGUCCCCGCUUACAAGAAGCUCCUCCACGACGCCGAUCUCAUCCUACCGAAUCAGUUCGAGGCAGAGCUCCUCUCAGAGUGCAAGAUCCACGACAUGGAUAGCCUGCACAAGGCCAUCCAGGCCAUGCAUGACAAGUACCAGGUCCCCCACAUCGUCAUCACCUCAGUCAACCUUGAAGCUCCCGACCACCCGCCGUCACACCUGUCGGUGGUGGGCUCGAGCAUGACAUCGACCGGACAGGCUCGGUUCUUCAAGAUUGUCUUUCCAUCCAUUGACUGCUACUUUAGCGGCACCGGUGACAUGUUUGGCGCCCUCAUGGUGAUCCGCAUGCGUGAGGCAGUCUACAACGCCAACGACAGCCUCCGUUACACAUCCAGCUGGCUCAGCGAUGACUCGGUCUCGGCUGUCGAGCUACCCCUCGCCCGCGCCGCCGAGAAGGUCCUGGCUAGCAUGCACGAGGUGCUAUCCAAGACAUGCGAGGGCAUGCGCGGCGUCGUCGAUCGCACCCUUAACGAGAUGAGGCCUCAGGACCGCGCCAAUGACACAAAGGUUCAUCUGGUUAAGAGCAAGGCAGCCGAGCUACAGCUUGUAAGGAAUCUAGACUGCUUACGCUCGCCGUCGACAGAAUACCGUGCCAAGGCGAUAUAG